AUGAGCGUCAAUCAAUUUCCUUUGCUUCACAUUGAACUUCUUGAACCCAUUCAGCCAGUUCCUCUUCCAGGUGAACUUGAAACAUUUCCACGAAUAACACUCAACACUGACAGCAUUGUUCAUGUGGAAAAACGUUCCCGAAAUGUUCGGCGUAACGCAGCUAGAAGUGGAGCCCGAUUGUCUCGCUUUCGAACCCAACCUAUCACAUUUACAGAAAUUGCAGAGGUCAAAGAAACCAAGAGAGAAAGUGAUGAAGGCAAAAAGUCAGAUGAGAGGACCCAUAGUUUAAUGGUGCCAGCUUCAACGAUUAAAACUGAAACUAUGGAAACCCCAAACGCAAACUGA